AUGACUGACCACCUCGACGCUAUCCGCAUCGAAAAACUACCCGAAGAUGCCUUCUACAUCGCAGACUUUAUUACAGAAGAGGAAGAGACAUGGCUGCUUCAAAGGAUCACAUCAGCGCCCCGGACGCGAUGGACCCAUCUCACGCACCGCCGUCUACAGACCUGGCCAUCAAAGCUUACGCAGAACAACGCGCUGAUCAGCUCCCCCCUGCCUAGCUGGCUGGAAUCGCCUGUGAUCCACCCCCGGUUAGAGAGACUGGGGUUCUUUGCAGAUGCGCCGCACGGGGCGCCGAACCAUGUCCUGGUCAACGAGUACCGGUCCGGCCAGGGGAUCAUGCCGCACGAGGACGGGGCGGCGUAUUACCCGCUUGUAGCGACGGUGAGUCUGGGGUCACCGAUUGUGCUGGACCUGUACGAGAGAAGCAGAAACGAGCAACCGGUCGAAGGUGGUGGGAGGCCGCGGUUUCGGAUCUUGCAGGAGCGCCGGAGUCUGCUGGUCACCACGAAACGCCUGUAUACCGAUUUCUUGCAUGGGAUCGCGGAAACACGGAUAGACGCGGAUCUGAAUGCGACUACGAUAUGUAACUGGGAUAUGCUACGAGAUAGGGAUGCGUUCGAACAAGGCUGGUACGAGAGAGAGACAAGGAUUAGCCUGACUUAUCGAGAUGUAUUGAAAGUGGUCAAGUUGGGGAAUACCAUGAGAUUUCUAUCUCGCUAA